CUAAAGAAUUAAUUGAGACUAGUUUUAUUUAAAUAUUCUUCCUGGCUUCUAAAUUAUAAGUAAGUUAAAAAUCGUUCAAUCGGUGGGCUAAAAGCGGAUUUUAAAGGUAACUGACUGAAGUUGGCACGACACACAUCUGAAGUCCGUCACAUUAUAAAUUGCAUUUUCUUGAUUCUAUCUGAUUCUAUCAAAUAAUUUAAAUUCAUAAAUACAAAGUUUAAUACUAACCUUGAAUUUUAUCAUUAUUGUUAAUUUAUUAUUAUUAAUUUGUCCUGACUAAGUUCAUUUUCUUACUUUAAAAAAAAGUACGGUGAGAAUUAAAGAAUGACGUUUAUGAAAGAUCAAAGAUCGAAAGGUACGGUCGACGAGCAACUACAAACCUUCAUUGAGCGAGAAAGUAAAAAUCAACAAUUUCAGAGACUGACACUUAACUUAACUGAUAUUUGCUGGCAACUCUGUAUUGGAACACCUGGUAGUUCCUUGAGUUCAACUAAUCGAAGUUGUAUUGUAAAUUGUGUAGAGAGGUUUAUCGAUACAAGUAACUUUAUUGCAUAUAGAUUGAGAAAUACAGUUUUAACUAAUCCUGCAGAAGUGGACAUGCAAUAAAUUAUUUCAUGAUUAA